CGAAAAUAAGGUGUCGCGCUGUGCCAGAGAAAUAUGGAGUAUGGAGUCACGAGGUUUGUCACGGAAAAGCUUAUAUUUCGAUUUGUGUCAACCUGGAGGCGUUCCUCGAAAAUUGAACUAAACAGAGAGACAACAUAAUCCAAAAGAUCAAGAAGACCUCGCAGACAUUGUCAAACGUUCGCUUGAAUUCGUAGGCAUGGCUUCACCUGUCUUCUCGGCGAGAUCAAGUUUAGUUGUGGUUGUGUUAAUACUGAGUGUGUAUUUGCUUUCAGCCAAAUCUCAGUUCACUGUUUUUGGUAGGGAAGCGGUAGAGCACAAUGUCUCGAUAAAUUUGGAUCGCGCUGUGUUCACUGUGAACGAAAAGUUUCUCUCCGUUGCCAUUGACUCUAAUAUCAUGAGGCAUCACUGGUCACCGUACGUAAACUUUACCUCGGAGAAGCUGUAUACGCUUGCUAAAGGUCUCUCUCCGGCAUUUCUCCGGGUUGGAGGAACUUCAGAAGAUUUCUUAAUCUAUGAUGACUCAAAAGACUUCCAGACGUUCCUAAAUGUUAGCAACUUUACAAUCUCGCAUGCAGAUUUGGACAAGAUACACCUUUUGUCAUCAAAAGCUGACUGGGACGUCAUGUUUGGCUUGAAUGUGUUUUUAAGGGGAAAAGAUGGAUCUUGGAAUGCAAGCAAUGCAAAAGAAAUCAUGCAAUAUGUUGCAGAUCAUGGAUAUCACUUUGGAUGGGAGCUUGGGAAUGGUAUGGAAUAUUUAUGAUUAAUAGAUAUUCAUUAUUUUUGUUAGUGUCAGUUGUAGCAAAUGAGAUUUAGUUGGCUGAAUCAAUGUAAUUAUUAAAAUUUAAUCUAAUCUGAUCUAAAUGCCACAAAAUACUCAUUAGUACAAGUCAUAUACCUUAAGCAUGUGGAUGUCUUUGACUAUAAUCAAACCUUCAAAGUGGCUUUUUUAUAUGCAUGCUUUUCUUCCUCAGAGCCAAACUUGUUUAAGAAAUUUAACAAGUCUAUUUCACCCAAAGAAUUGACAGCAGACUUUACCACACUCAGAGAAAUACUUAAAAGCAAUCCUGGGUUUGGCAACUUUCUUGUUGGCCCUGAUGUAACACGCAUAUUAAAUCACUCAAAAAGUGGCAUCUAUUUGGAGAGGUAAUCACUGCAGUCAAUAUUAAACAGUAUAAACAUAAUAGAGUUUAUUUUUAUUACUAGAGCCUGACCUUUUUUGGAGGUUUGGUAGGUCCAUUUCCUCAGAGGAACUUGCUGAAGACUUUCACACUUUAAGAGCAAUACUUGAGGGCAGUCCUCAGUUUGGUAACUACUUAGUUGGACCUGACAUGGGAACAGUAACAUCUGAAAAAACAGGAAGCUUUUUGAGGAGGUACAGUUGCACUCAGCUGUAUGCAUUGCAAAAAUAUAACUCCACUGCUGUUAUGAGAACAACUUGCACUUUGAAAAAGCUUAUGUUUGCUUAAAUAAAAUUCAGCACUGUAAAUAAAUUUAUUUUUAUUGUCAGUGAUUUAUUGCAUUUUGAUGUAAAUGGAGGCUUUUGUUCAAAGUGUAACAAUGCAUCUCUCAAAAUUUUAGCUUUUUUACCCAUGCCAAGGAUGUCAUAGAUGCAGUUACCUGGCAUCAGUAAGUAAUUUCCAUUUAUUCUAUUUAGGGUUGUAUGACAGUAUUAUAUUUUGUCACCGAUGAGAUUCCCUUUCUCUUCUGCCCAAUGAAACAAAAUAAAGCAAUAACAAACAAAAAAUUGAAAGCUUCUUUACUCUCUCAACCUUCAUGAGUGAUUCAGUUGUGAUAUUGUAAGGAGAAGUUAGAUGCUCUUAGGAGUCAAACUUAGUGCUCAAAGGGUUGAUGGUAGGUAGGCAAUGAGUGUGUAGUGCUGAGUUAGGGUAAACAGAGUGAAAAAUAUGGGAAAGUUAAUGUUGAGGGGUCUCUGUCCCCACCCCACCCUGGUUUUUCUUUUCAGUGAUCUGAUAGUGUUAGGGGGAUUGACCAGGCUUGGGGCUGGUGUUUAGUUCUGAGGCUGGCUGGACACAAUGGAUACCAAAAGCACUGAUUUUCCUUUAAAGCAAUUCGGUAGACUAAAAUGUGAAUUGAUGGACACAUAAGUACCAUAUGAACAGAAGUGUUGUUAGUAGACUGAGUAUUGUACUGUAAACAUUGUACUAGCAAAUUUCAGUAAUCUUUGUCAAAAAAGACAAAUGGUUUUGUGUAUAUUUUAUGAGAGAGAAGGCAGUAGAGCCACAGAAAUGAGCAGAAGGGCUUCAAUACAGCUAUAUUUUCUUUACUCCUGGAUUCAGACUUUGAUCUUCAUACCUGUUUUUCAGCUGCUAAGGCUGGGGAAUCAGUUUCCAGGAGAAGAUUUGAAAGUGGAACAUUUUUCACAAUCUUCUCUUUCUACAAACCAAAACACAAACAAAAUUGCAACAAGGAUCCUCAUCUAGCCCCUGUGCUUAGCAGUCACACAGCAAUCUGUUAUGAUUUUAAUACUUAUUAUUAUCAAUUUCUAUUUCUCAGUGCAUAGUAUGUAUGUUAACUUGUUUCGUGGGCUUUGCCAACACUAAUGCUGAAAUAAACUCUCUGUGUUUCUGUUACAGGUAUUAUGUCAAUGGAAGAACAUGCUCUGAGAAAGACUUUUACAAUCCAGAGGUCCUGGAUUACUUUUUGCAUGAAGUGAGUGAAGCCAAUUCGAUACUGGAUGGAAUAAAAUCAGGAUUUUCUCGGUGGCUUGGUGAAACUAGCAGUGCAUAUGGAGGAGGAGCAAGUGGAUUGUCAGACAGAUAUGUGGCUGGAUUUAUGUAAGUUGUUCAUUUUGAUUGGCUGUAAAAAUUGUUAUAAAGUUGGUUAUUUCUUUGGGUUUGCAAUCAUUUACUUUAUUCCUAUGACUUCACUAUUUGAUUUAGGAGUUAUUCUUAUGGGAUAUAUAAGAUGCUCAUCACUCUGAGGGGUUAAAUGGAUUACUGGAUAAUUUCCCUUCCCUUAAACAAUGGAACUUCCACUGAUUUAUGUUCAGGAAGCAUGGAAUGCCAGGGAGAUUAUUAUUUAGCAAUUAUUUGCUGGAGGUGAGGUGAAUAUUGUUGAAUAAUCCUCAAGACAAAGUCAAGGGGAUUAUUCCACAUUGUUAUAUACAUAGACUUUCACUCAACAAAACAAGCACUGUGAUUGGUUGAUUGUUGAUCAUGUGCCCCUGAUCAAAGUCAAAUGUAUCCUGACCGUGAUACAAAUGCGCAGUUGUUACCUGCGCGCUGAAUACAGCAGCAUAUGAUUGUUUAAGGGAAAGUCUAAAUAUAUAACAAAGCACUUAAUGUAUGGUCCCUCGGGAAACUAGUCGGUUUUGUUUUCCCUUGAGUCCUGAGGAAACCUCUAAACUCUCAGGAAAACAAAACUAACUGUUUCCCUUGGGAUCAUACAUUAAGUGUAUAAUAUUCACUUAGCCUGAGGUGAAUAAUUGUCUUAGUAUAAUUGCUCAGGUGCCCUUGAAUUCUGUUAUAAAUUCAUUUGUUUGUUGAUACCACUCUGUCACUGUUGUUUUGAUCACUCAAAUCGAGAUAAGCAGCCAGUUUCCACUACAAUUUACCAGGUUUAGUUAAUUUAAUCAGCAAAACCUCCUUUUUUCUUUUAUUGAAAAGUAUUAUGCCAACUUUAGUAGCAUUAUUUUUGUUCCUUAGAACUAUAGUUGUUUCAUCGCGUUAAUCACUUCCAGCUUAACAUUAACAAAAUACAAGGCAAGGCUUUUUUCCUCGCGGGAGGUGAUUAUAGCGAGAUAUGGCGGAAUCCUCGACCAAUCGGAGUGCGCGCAUCUCUAUAAUAAUCGCUGCAAUUAUACUAAAUAUAUAUUUAUUUUCGAGAUCACUUGUGGCUAUCGUGCAGGUCACCUGUCCCUUUACUCCAUAUGUCUCUUACUUACCGAGUUCGAGGUCCGUGUUGUAAGUUACGGACUGAGUUUUUUCCUCUCGGAUAUGUAUGUCUCUAGCGCGAAGCGCGAGGGCUAUAAAUCCAAGCGGAAGAAAUGAGGUUCCGAAACUCACAGUAUGGACAGAGUUGACGAGGUUAGUAACUGUUAUUUAUUACGCACUGUUUAUCUCUGAGAUAAGGUAGAGGGGUAAGAUUUCAAUUCAAACAAACUUUUCAAUUUAGCAAGCCGUAUAGACCAUCCUACAUGUAUCUUGAACGAUUAAUUUUUUUUGAUGACCUUCCCCCUAAAAUAUUCAUACCAAAAUCAUGUUUGGGCAAUUCCCUGGUCGAGAAAGGUUAUUUUUUCUUAUGUGGUUUAUUUUCCUGUGUUGUCGUUUGAUGGAACAUGAUUUCUUUGUCUUUGUUUUCAAGGUGGCUAGACAAGCUAGGUCUGGCAGCUCGGUUUAAACAUGAGGUGGUUGUGCGACAGACGUUUGUUAAAGGAAGCUACUCUUUAUUAGAUGACGAUCUGGAUCCAAAUCCGGUAUGUUCCUAGUAUGAGUACGAUAUGGCAAGGCUCAAAAGUACCUGUUUGUUUAUUUUCCGCAGCAGCUUUCCUUGCUUGCUUGCCGACAGAAAAUUUCUACGAAGGCUGGAGUUUAGCCUUAAUAGGUUUAUUCCAUAGCAACAGAGGCUUUUGAAGAAAAAAUAAACAUAACAUCGUUUUGCCACAUUUUCAUCCGCGUUUACGAACGACAAUAAGCUCAACGUGAAUUGAGUUCACCGAGUGAUAAAAUUUAGUGCAGCAUACGUGUCGAUGAUUUAAUGGAGCAAAUUUAACCAAAAAAUAGAGGUAGCAUCGAUACAUUGAAAAAGUUCUGAUUAAAUCCACUUACUGACUUCGCUCAUCUGCCCGCUUUACUGAUUUAUUCAGUGCUUAUCUUUUUUAUAAACAGGCGGUUCUGUGCCUGGGAAGUCACUGUCGUCUCGUUUCUGGUCUCGUCACAGACGGCCCGAGCUCACGUCUCGAGAAAAAGCAAACGAUUGAUCAUGAAAGUGUCACGCGUUGUGUGACUCUGUGUUAAGUUACGUUGAGAAUUUGAACACGUUAUAAGAAAAAGUAUAGGGAACGAAAUAUGGUCGAUUUACAACGGUAAACAUUUCGAAAUAUGAACAUUUUACACGUAAAAUCAAUAGCACUUACUCUCAUCUUUUGUGUCUGCUGUGGUUUCUGGUAAUUCCCGCCGCUCUCAUGAGUUAAUGGUUGGCUUUUUCUCGAGACAUGAGCUUGGGCCGCCUGUGGUCUCGUUUUGCCUUAUCUUUUCUCGUCUACUCCCUUCUCUUAUUCUCUCCUCUACUAUUCCACUUCCCUCUGGCUUGUGAUUGUAUGAUAUGAACAAAGGGAACUCGCAUUAAGGUUUAACUUUUCUUGUCUUUAGGACUACUGGCUCUCUCUUUUACACAAACGUCUUCUUGGAGAGAAGGUGCUGGACGUGAGUGGUCAGACAGAAGAGAAACGAAAGGUUCGAGUGUACGCCCAUUGCUCAAGCAGGUAUUUCAAGGUUUCGUUUGCCUUACAUUAAUAACAGUUUGAGACGAAGUGCAAUUUAAACAAGCGAAGAUCAGAACAAAUUACGAUUGAGUGUCAUGGAACUAAAACCAGCGUAAACAAAACGGCCAAUCAGAUUUAGGGAUGAUAUUGCAAGCAGCUAAUGAGAACUAAAAUUAGAACACGCAUACUAUAGGAAAAGCAAGCCACAAAAUACGAUUUUUUUAGCAUGAAUCUGAUUGCUUGAGAUUGGGGUGCGACUUUUUUGAAACCAGCCACACACUCAAUUGAAAAUAAAACCAAGCCAAUGUAGCGAUUUCACUGAUGGGAUGCACGAAGUCCACGAUGGGUUUGUAGGGCAAUGCUAUGUGCUUUUUCAUGGCUAGCUUUGGUCCUUUGCUUGCUUUAUUUCUCCACCCUCGCUAAUUUUGGGUUUGCUUUUAUUCCCUACAUCCAUACAACAUUCAGUGUUGUGUCAAAAGGUGCCUGGAGCAAGGCUGUGGCUUGGUUACCAUGGUGACCUCGCUGCGGAGGAGAUUCUUGCAUCUAUGUGUCUGUCCUCCAGGAAAUCACAAAUAGAAAAAUGCGUGCGUAAUUCAGCCUUAUAUGUAUACUGUUGUUAAUUUAUUUUGCUUGGCUUGGUGACUAAGUUUGUGAAUUUUCUUUUUGCGCAGUCAGUAUCCAUUGGGUUCUGUCACGCUUCUUGCUCUCAAUGUCCUCUUGGAUACGCCAGUCGUCCUGAAACUCAACGGUGAACUUAAAGGAAAAGAUGUCGACGUAUAUCUUCUUACUCCUGAGAACGGCGACCUAUUGACAAAGUAAGUAAAAUCAUGUUAGAAUUAACUUGCAGAAACUCAGUCCUCUCAUCCAUGGCAUAAAUUAAUGAAAUGGUUGAUAAGAAAGUUAUUUAGUUACUCACCUGUGCUUUGAAAUGCGAUAUGAAAUGGUACCUUAUGAGAGACAGACGUCAACACACCAGUUGAUGUUCAAGUUAUAGUCAGGUGUCAUAUGCUGCUGUAAAGCAAAGCAGUAUGCAGAACACGUGACACACACUAGAUGAACUCAGUAGUGACAAUAUCUCACCACUGAGUUCUCUGUGGCACGGUGGUAGAGUAUCGGAGCACGGAAUCUGCAAGCCUCAGGCUGGAUUUCUCGAAGGAGAUUAAGAUUUCUUCUUUGCUCCUCGCUCGAUGCCUUGUUGUUCGACCACCUUCCCGCCAUGUCCAUGAACAAAACACGAUACAUGGCCCAACAAAGAGUUGGAAUUUCGAAUCAUGCCAUUUAAUUGAUAAAAGAUCAAUUGACAUCUUUCUCCCCUUAAAUACAAGUGCUGCUGUUUGAGAACUUUCUCUCAAAUGCUUCGACUGAUUCAGACCAGUAUAUCAAUGUAACGUCUCCGUCCCUGAAAGUAUUUUAUUUUUGAGUCGGUUCUCUUUUUAUCGUAAAAAAGACAACAACAAAAAGAACAUUUCUGAUUAUUUUCCUGUUAAGACUAAAAGAAAACAAACAAACAAACAAAUACAACGAUGCUUACUUUUGAAACAGGACCGUCAGACUUAACGGUAAAGUUCUCAAACUAGUGGAUGACCGCACGCUCCCAGACCUCGCGCCGAAAAGUGUGCCGGGAGACGAACCCCUCAAUCUUCCACCUCUGACCUUUGGCUUUUAUGUCAUUCCAAAAGCCUCUGCGAGUGCUUGUGGUUAAUGGAUUAAUUUAACAGCUUAUGCAGAUACGCAGAAAAAAAAGUUUAAUAUGCACGACCUUUCAGAUUUCGUCAAAUGCAUUAUUGUGAGCACUGGAGUUAAAAUAUUGAAUCACCAGUGGGUAUUAACGAAUAAUAUAUGAUUAAUUUAUUUAAGGAGUGAGAAAUGAAACCUAAAAUCUCUCUGUUUGUGAGGUCCUUUCCAUAUACAAUUUUAAAGUUACAAAGUUUUAUGUCAAAACAUAAAGUCAAUGGGUAAAAAAUUAAAAAUAAACGAGUUGAAUCAGGGGC